AUGCUAAUCCGUUUACCGACACCGGAUACCGCGAUUAGUAUAAGUGCCGACUACAAGCAGGUGCUUUCUGUCAAUGUGGCACUUUGGGCGUUGUUGCUUAACGAGAUUGGUGCGAAGGUAUCCCAGAUCCUGCGACGACCCAGCGAUGAUCGUGGCCCAAGUGUUCUAUUUGGGCCCGCGAAGACGGUGAGCCGCUCGGAAAUCAUUUCACAGCUACCAUCCAGAUACAGCUGCGACACCAUGGUCGCCAGAUUCUUUUCCCAUCUAUAUCCUGCAAUGCACAUCCUUCACGAACCGACAUUCUGCAAACAGAUCGACCAAAGCACUACCCCGCCUGCCUGGGCUGCUCUUCUAUUCGCUAUGCUAAGGGUUGCCAUGCUUGACUACUUGCGAGAGAACGAUGAACCCCUGGAGUUUCGAGGAAAGUGUCAGGACCUCGCCACUAAUUUUCUCAAUCGGUUUACAGAUUGCUUGAUUCUCGUAGAUUAUACCCAAACCCAAGAUUUCUUGGUCGAAACGUUAUGCUUCCACCUCUAUGGAGAGUAUGUUGCAAGCAGGGAUUCGAAGUCAAGUAUUUGGGUUCUAGUUGGCAUGAUUGUGCGGCUAGCAAUGAGGAUGGGCUAUCAUCAGCCACUGCAACCAACAUUGACCCACACUCCCUUUCAGGCCGAGAUGCGUCGUCUUGUAUGGGCCUUCAUCAGACAAUAUGAUAUCUUUUUGUCUUUCCAGCUAGGCCUCCCUUCUAUGAUCAGAAUCCGGUCACUGGAAGGUCCUCAGGAUCUUCCCAGGAAUAUCCAUGACGACGAGUAUUUUGGGGAGGAUUGCACUACGCUCCCACCGGCCCUGUCUGACUCGGAGCCAACUCAAAUAUCUUACUUGAUUGCGGAAUCUAAGCUAGCAUUUGGAUUUACUCGUGCUUUGGAGGAAAUGAAUCGCUCUGCCACUAUUCCUUGCGAACGGGUGCUUGAGAUCGAUCGGGAGCUUCGGCGCAUCUAUGAUAGUGCACCUGAUCAUUAUAAGCUCGGCCUGCUAUCUGUGCAGGAUUCUCUUGUACUUGUGUCAGCCCGGUUUGUGUUAUCGAGUAUCCAUCACAUAUCCCUCUGCAUCGUCCACAGUCGAUUCCUCGAGAUUGCAAAAUCAGAUUCUCGAUUUGUCUAUUCGCGUCGCUUGCGAAGUUUGGCAAACUACCAGACGUCGCUGACAAUACAUCACUACCUUCUCGCUGCAGCAAUCAUCGCUGCAGAUUUAUGUUCCAGUAGCGCAGUCGACGACCCUAUAAGCCAGCAGCUUUCCAGUGGCGUACCCACGAGGACCGAAAUGAUCAAGGGAUUGGGCCUGAGUGCGUGGAUCUUUAGCCAGAUGGGUGAUCAAAGGAUGGAAGCGUACAAAGCUGCCGACGUUUUACAAAUGCUUGUGAAAAAGUUCGAAGCCGAAGCCCGCAAUUGUUCUGCCCAAGAUCUCCAACCCAUACCAACAGGGCAAUCAAUGUCUCUCACAAAGUCAAAUGCCUUGGGAUCCAAUCCCAUAUGUCCUCACCACACCAGCUCACCUGGCGUACUUGCGGCUGCUUCUGACAGACCUUCCUCUUUCACUAGAGCGAGCUCAGAUAUCCGGCACGGUAAACGUCUACUGCAAGGAUUUUCAUGUCUUCCUCAGGGUAGACCAGAUCCAUUGGCCGAAGGGUCACAUCUGGAGGUCCUUUCGGCAAUACCGGAAGAUCCAGAAACAAGUUUCUGUGCUACAUCUCCGCUUGGUCCACAAAUGUUUCAGCAUUUGGAGGCAUCUAGCUGGGCCAUCCCAGCUUAUCCGGAGGAGCACUAUGUCAAGAACUACGAACUCGCUAUCAUACUCCGUUUCGAUGGCUUUGCAUGA